AUGUUUCGGAGCAGGAGUUGGUUUGGAGGUGGGUGGGGACGUCCAAAAAACCCUCAUUCUUUAGAAAGGCUGAAAUAUUUGCACAAUAUUCUGUGUAAAAAUACAACUGUUUCCGAAAGUAAUCGAGGGAUACUGGUUGAGUCCUUGAGAUGCAUUGCUGAAAUAUUAAUAUGGGGCGAUCAAAACGAUAGUUCAGUAUUUGACUUCUUUCUCGAGAAAAACAUGCUAUCAUAUUUCCUAAGGAUAAUGAGACAAAAAUGUGGAGGAUCUUCAUAUGUAUGUGUACAGUUGCUUCAGACACUCAAUAUCCUAUUUGAAAAUAUAAGGAAUGAAACAUCUCUAUAUUAUCUUCUGAGUAAUAACCACGUAAAUUCAAUCAUAGUCCACAAAUUUGAUGUGUCUGAUGAAGAAGUAAUGGCAUACUACAUUUCAUUCCUCAAAACACUUAGCUUAAAGUUAAAUAAUCACACAAUACACUUUUUCUACAAUGAGCACACCAAAGAUUUUCCAUUGUAUACAGAGGCAAUAAAAUUCUUUAACCACCCAGAGUCUAUGGUGCGUAUAGCGGUCCGUACUCUGACAUUAAAUGUAUACAGAGUACAAGACGCUAGUAUGCUUCGGUUUAUAAGAGACAGAACCGCCGCGCCAUACUUCAGCAAUCUAGUAUGGUUCAUAGGGAAACAUAUUUUGGAAUUGAAUGCAUGUGUCAGAAACGAUGCAGACCACCAAUCACAGCAGAAAUUGGACGAUUUAGUAGCCGAACAUCUCGACCAUUUGCACUAUAUUAAUGACAUUCUCUGUCUGAAUAUACCCGAUCUCAACGACGUACUAACAGAACACCUUCUACAUAAACUUCUCAUACCGCUGUAUAUCUAUUCUUUGACGGAAUCUAGACGGCCCGUCACCUCCUCCCCUUACAACCGCGAAAACAUACAAAGCAUAGAAGUCAUCACGCGGAAUCUGGAAGCAAUCUUAUCUGGUCGAAGCCCCGCAGAUACACCGCCCCGCUUAAAGUAUCCCAUGCAAAAAAUGGAAUCCGAAGACGAGCCGAAGCCCUCCGUUUCUUGCGUGGUUGCUCUAUUUCUGCUAUCACAAGUGUUUCUCAUAAUAACCCACGGACCGAUAGUUCACGCUCUGGCCUGGAUUAUUCUGCAAUCAGACUUGUCAAUAUUUGAGGAAGGUGCGAUGAGCAUUUUAGAAAAUUACGUGAGUACAGCGAAAUCCACUGUCAAGCUAGAGUUCUCGAAGCCGCAGUUGAGUUUAGAGAAAGCUCUAGAAUGUUCUACCUGUCACGAUCGUGAUUAUACAACACCCGAAUAUAGUGGGGCAAAAGGAUUCGGUUAUGACACGGAUCACUCGAGCUGUGACCUAGAUCCAGAGCUGGUUUCGAACUCUCUUCCAUCCACUUCGCACAUCAGCGAAACUUCUAGUAUCGCGCACGAUUCCACAGAGGAUCUGGUCACACAGAUACAAUCGAUAAAAUCGCCUACCGUUAAAGAAAAUAUGCCAGACUCUCCUUUACCCAGACUCUGGCAACGAGUCUUCAAAGACAGUGUCGAAAUUAAAUAA